AUGCAUUUCAGAGCUGCAUUCGUGUCUCUCGUACCGGCGGUCCAUUGCCUGGACGCGGUAAAUUAUGGUGCCUUCACUCAGACAGCCGCGUUCUCGAUUGCGAACCAACUGAAGAUUUUCGAGCGCAUCGGCUUAAACGUGACCUAUCUUCAGAUUCCAAAUUCAACCUUCGCAUACCCCAACUUGCUGAACGGUGGCUAUGAUGUCCUGACCGGAACGAUUGACAACGUGGUGAACCUUAGGUUCAACCAGAAAGCCAGCCUUACGGUUCUUGGUCAAGUAGAUUCCGGCCCCGAUAUUGUCCUGGCAGCCACGCCAAAUAUCACAAAUGUGCAUCAGCUGAGGGGAAAACCUCUGAUGGUCGACAGCCCAACCAGCGGUUACGCAUACAUCCUGCGGAAGAUCCUCAGUUUGUACGGGCUGAAGCUUGAGAAUGGAGAUUACUUUUUUCAGGCGGCUGGCAGCACAGCACUUCGGUACAAGUACCUUACUACUGGGUCUCUUCCAAACGGCACGACUGUAUAUGCCACCAUCCUUACAUACCCUUUCACCCAGCUCGCCCAGGGGUUACUCCCUGGUGAGCGGCCCAUAAUACUGGCUAGGGCGUCCGAUUUCAUCGAGCCAUUGUCCAGCACUGCAAUCACUGUGGCCGAGUCAUCACUUUCAAAUGGCCCAAAGCGGAACAUCAUCAAGCGAUUCGUUGCCGCCUUGUACGCGUCUGGUUCCUAUCUUGCUGCAACGGAGAACGAAGAUUGCGCCGUGCAAGCUAUUAUGAAACAGCUAAAUGUCACAAGAGAGGUAGCGCAGCUUGAGUAUGUGGCUGCGACCAGCCCAAUCAGCGGCGAAAGCACAAAUCCAGAAUCGAAUCUUAAUGUAAGCAAACAAGGUCUCUGGAAUGUGAUUGAUGUCAGGUCGCAGUUCGGCGGGUUUGCCACCAUCGCCAACGGGGAAGGGUUCGACUUUGUGGAAGCGACUCAGCCAGGGGUUGGAAACAUGAUUGAUUACAGUCUUAGAGACGACGUUCUCAGAACUUAUGGAAUGUGGAUGAAGGAUACUAUGAAUAUAGGUAUACGACUCUGUGAUACUUUCUAG